GAAAAACAUGGCUCCAGUCCAAAACUCCAAAUACAGAAAGAAGGAAAGGGAAGUAAGCAAGACGGAUGGGGGAGCUUCCCAUCUCUGUCUCUCUUUCCUUGCUCCCUCAGAUCCAAAACCCAAGCGCAUCCCCCGAAAUCCAAACCCUAGCACACUGCUCGCGCUCGCGCCGCCCGUCGAGAUGAGGGGCCUCAGGGCGGACGGCGGCGGCGGUGGCGGCACCUCGUCUUCGUCUUCCACCGCAGAGAACUCGCGUUUCGAUGCGGCACAGUAUUCGUUCUUCGGCAAGGCGCCGCUGGAUGGCUUGGAGCUGGGCGGUUUGGUGGACGAUGGAGGUGUGGAGUGCUAUGGCGGCGGAUUUGGUGGGCAUGAUGAUGGGGCUUACCAGUUGUCUCCUGUGGGAGAAGAGAUCGAUUGUAUGAGUAACUUGUCUGAAAUUGAUGAUCUUGCAAGCACUUUUGCAAAGUUGAACCGAAGUAUUAGCGGAACAAGAAAUCGUGGUGUUAUUGGUGAUAGACGAUCAAUUUCCAGGGAAAGUUCAUUGACUAAUGACUGGGUUCCGGAAGCAGACUUCCCCAAUUGGGUAGAUCCGGAUAUGCUCAACAACGAUGAAUUUCAGGACAGCAAACAACUGUGUGCUCAGCCACAGUAUUUACCUCAGUUCGGAGAGUCGAAACCAUUGAGCAGAACAUCUUCCUAUCCCCUGGAACCACUACAGCACCGCUCCAGUGAACCUAUCCUUGGGCAUAUAUCUCCUUCGUUUACAUCCUAUCCCCCGCCAGGUGGUGGUGGACUAUCCUAUCCUGCACAAGGUCUUACACGCCACUCAAGCAUUCCUUCACCUGGCGCUGGUCACCAAAUGGGUUCUCCAAGUUCAUCACUUUCUGGUUCUCCAUAUAAUAUGACUAGUGUACCUCAUGGACUGCGAUAUGGACGAAGCAUGUCUUACACUGCUGCAGAUCUAUCAGCAAACAACUUCCUGCAAAAUGAAUGGCCAAAUCAAGCUGGUCCCCAUACUUUUGAGCAUUUUAAUCAACGGCCCGGUUUAUUGCAGCAACAGUUAUCAUUUCCGGGGAGUUCGAUGUCUUCAUUGCUAUUUUCUCAGCAGCAGCAGAGAUCGCCACUAGUCCCGCCAUCCCAUCACAAUUACCUAAACAUGCAGCCUCAGUUCUAUCACCAUCAUUCUCCAGAAAUGAUAGGCAAGUUUGAUCAUGUUCCUAAUUUGCCUUCACCAAGAGACAAGAGAUCAAGGUCAGGAAGAGGAAAACACAGCAUACGCUUUUCUCAACAACCUUCUGAUGCAGCUGGUCAGAAUGUUGAUAAUGGAGGAAUAAAGUUCAGAUCGAAAUAUAUGUCUUCCGAAGAGAUAGAGAGUAUUUUAAGAAUGCAGCACUCCACAAGUCGCAGUGAUCCGUACAUCGAUGACUAUUACCACCAAGCUUGUAUAGCCAAAAGAUCUGCCAGUUCUCAGCAGAAGAUCAACUUCUCCCCCAUGUCAAUAAAAGACUUCCCAUCAAAGUCCCGGUCUGGUGGUGAUCAACAUUCAUAUCUACAGGUUGAUGCUGUUGGAAGAGUAUCGUUCUCUUCCAUACGUAGGCCUCGCCCUCUUCUCGAAGUAGAUAUUCCUGCAUCUGGUGAUCACAAGUCAUCUGCGAGGCCACUGGAGAAAGAGCCAAUGCUGGCAGCCAGAAUUACUGUUGAAGAUGGUAUAUGUCUUCUUCUAAAUGUAAAUGAUAUUGACCGCUUCUUGCAGUCUAGCCAGGCGCAGGACAGCAGCUUCCAACUGAGGCGAAGGCUUAAGGUCCUCCUUGAAGGCUUAGCUACAUCACUCGAGCUUGUGGACCCUUUUGGCCCAAACAAACCUGGCGAUUCAUCUGGAUUGGCCCCUACGGAUGACCUUAUUUUUCUCCGCAUUGUUUCUCUUCCGAAAGGACGUAAGCUUUUGGCACGUUAUCUUCGACUUCUUGUCCCUGGAAGUGAGCUGACCCGGAUAGUGUGCAUGGCUAUCUUUCGACAUCUUAGGAGCUUGUUUGGGGGUUUAGCGUCAGAUUCUGGUGCUGCAGAAACAACAGUUGGUCUUGCCAAGACUGUUUCCUCGUGCGUGCAACAUAUGGAACUAAGCGCCCUCAGCGCGUGCCUCACUGCUGUUGUCUGCUCAUCGCAACAGCCACCUCUCCGCCCUUUUGGCAGCUCUGCUGGUGAUGGGGCUUCUCUAAUCAUCAAAUCAGUACUGGAUAGAGCAACUGAACUGUUAGCUGAUCCUCAUUCUGCAGCCGACUACAGCAGAUCAACUCGUUCUCUUUGGCAGGCAUCAUUUGAUGCUUUCUUUGGACUUCUGACAAAAUACUGUGACAGCAAGUAUGGAAGUAUUCUGCAGAUGUUCAGCAUGCAGGGAUCCAAUUCUACGGCUAGAUCUGAAGCCUCAAAGGCAGUUAGCAGGGAGAUGCCUGUUGAACUGCUCCGUGCAAGCCUUCCACAUACCAAUGAACAGCAACGCCAGAUGCUUCUUGGCUUUGCUCGGAAAUCCAUGCCUGUAACUGGUUUUAACCAUUCCGGGACGAGCAGUGGGCAUUUUACUUCUGAAUCUGUUGCCGGUUAACGCUACUGAAGAGCCUCAAGUGGUCGUUCAUUGCGUAAACCAUAUGUGCAGCUUGUCUUCAGCUGGAGAUUAUAUUUGGAGGCACAAGAUGCGAGCUUGGGGAAGUCCCAUUGGCUCGAUGAAGCGAGCAUUCGCCAGACUUUGACCGUGUCUAGGAUCAAAAUUAAUUUAUAGAAUCGACUUUCCCCUUCAUGUGGGCUAUGAAUCUUUAAUAGAUUAUGCAUGUAUGUAUCCUGUUGUAACUCUGUGCAGUGAUGAACCAGUCACCUCUUUGGAGGAAACCUAGUUUAACCUGUAUCUCCCCCAGUGAAGAAGCUAGCGGGUAGCAAUGGCUGUACAAGUACAACUUCUAUAGCCAUUUUGUGUUUGUUCCUUGGUGGGGUUUGAUGCCAUCUGGUGAGUUGUGACAGUGUUAGAUCUCAGUUUACUUUAUUCCGAGACUUUGGUGAGAUGUUUAUGUUUCAUGGCUAAAUAUAAUCUUGCGUGCUCCAGGAUUUGUGAGUUUA